UUCAACUUUGCGCUAACUAACGUGCCCGAGUCUAAAACGUGAGGGCCUCAGGGGCCACAACAAGGGUACGUAGAAGUUCCAAAGCGCUGCCAGGCUUGGGAAUUGUCGGAUUUUAAAGUAGUAUUGGCAGUAUUUCGCGGCUAUGGUCAAAGGACAUACUUCAGCGGUCGGCGGCUCCGCCGCCUAGUGUCUCUACACUUGGCUACGGUGACGGCAUCUCACGCGCUGUGACAUCAACGCCGCUGUUCGUCGAAUGUUUUUUAGAGAGCCAGCUCGCUAGGUUGCUUUGUGAACCGCGCUAGUGAUUUAUUUUUGUUGUUGUAAAGACGUGCAGUGCGAAGAAUGGCGAAGUCUUGUGUUCAGAGCACCGUCCUCAGCUUGGAUACAACGCAAGACGUGAAAAACGGCGAUGUUAGUGAUGAGCCGAUUACAGAAACCACUCGAAAAGAAGUUAAGGAGGGAGGUAGCAAACACAAAAAACGGAAGCACAAGCACAAGCAUAAGCACCAUCAUAGUUCUAAGGACAAGAAGCGCAAGUCGAGCGGUGACAAAGGAGCCCCACCUUUAGACACGGCGACCGGUCAAGACACCCUUCAAGUUAGCAACAUGAACCUUGAAGAGUUGGAAGAGCAGAAGGCAAUUUUACAGGCAAAGCUUUAUACGCUUGUCCCAAGUGACUAUGGAAGCUCAGAUGAAGAUGUUCACAAAGGCAAGAAGACUAAGUUGUCUAGCAGAAGCCAGGACAGUAGCAGCAAGAAACAUACACGAACAUCUUCUCUAGACCACAAAGCUGAUCGAGAGGGGAAAAAUCGAGAACAUUCUCAUUCUCGCAGUGAUCACCAUAAAGAAAGGGAUGGCUCUCCUCGCUCAAGCAGGAAAGCACACACUGAAAAGGCUCAGCAGGAUGCCUCCAGUCCAAACCAAAAACGGUCCAUGCAGAGGAAGGAAAGUCCUUCACGGCACCGGAAGAGCCCAAAGAAAAGCCCCUCAAGGCGAAGCUCUCCGUCCCGCAAGUCACCAUCACGGAAAUUGUCACCGAGUCGGAGAACCUCCCCCAGUCGCAGGGUUUCUCCUGGUCGUAAGGGAAUGUCUCCAGUCCGCAGAUGCUCUCCAAUGCGAAAGGGAUCCCCUUCACGGAGAGGUUCAUCUCCAAAGAGAGUGUCUCCUUCGCACAGGGUGUCGCCUCGAAAGUUGUCCCCAUCACGUAAACUUUCACCUACUCGAAGAACUUCACCAUCUCGGAGAAUGUCACCAGAUCGCAGGGCAUCGCCAUUUCGAAGAUCACUUUCACGAAAAAGAUCCCCAGCACGAAAAGUUUCACCUAUUCGGAAAAGCUCACCUUGCGUGAAAACUUCACCAUUGAAGAAAUUGUCACCGCCACGCUAUCGAGGACCAGAGCUUGAGCGACGGCGCUCAUUAUCACCGAGGCGUGCAGGUGAUCGACAUGUUCCCAGAAGUCCUUCGCCUAGACGUGCAGCUCCUCGGCGGCUAUCACCACCCAGGAACAGUGGCCGGGAAGCUAGCAGGGAAGCAAACCGGGAUGUCCGGCGGGACAGCCGGGAAGCUGGGCGGGAACGAAGCCCACGACGACCAAGACCCCGCAGCCCAAUGCGGCGCAGAACUGGACACUCGCGUAGCCCUCGCAGAGGAGAUCCUCGGACAUUGACUCGACGAAGCCGCUCUCCUCAUGGCAUGAGCAGAAAUGAUGAACGAUCUAGGCACAAUCGGGAUCACUGGGAUCAUAGAGAUGAUAAAGGCCGGCACGCAAACAGCUCAAGAAAGAAGCCGAAAUCACCUUCCUCUUCAUCUGAUGAAAUUGAUGACAUCGAAAUCGAGGAGGAUGAAGAUGAAGAGAAGGUGAUUGAACGGCAACGGCAGCAACGGCAGGAACUGCUUAAGAGAUUGGGUGUUGAGAACCAAGUUGAAAGCAGUGGAUUUUCAUCUCCAAUGCAUUCACGUGGUAGUGGGACCCACACUCCAGAUUCUGUGACCAUUGAUAACAUGGCGUCGGACAUUAAUGAGAACAGUGAAGACACAACAGAUUUCGAGGCAGCCAUUAUGGCCAAGCGGCAAAUGAUGGUUCAAGAAGGCAACAAUGAAUCGGACACAGGCCAAGAAAAAAAGAAGCAGUUGGAUAUGUUCUCGGAGGACAUGUUUGCUGAGAAUUAUUCUAGUCCCAACUCAUUUCAGAAGAUAUCAUCACGAGCUCAAGAAAAUCCCAACCUUACAGACAAUUGGGAUGAUGCAGAGGGCUAUUAUCGUGUCCGUAUAGGUGAAGUACUGGACACACGAUAUACUGUUUAUGGCUACACGGGUCAAGGAGUCUUCAGCAAUGUGGUGCGAGCAAGGGACAUGGCACGAGGAAAUCAGGAUGUUGCUGUGAAGAUUAUACGGAACAAUGAAGUCAUGCACCGUACAGGGCUGAAGGAACUCGAAAUGCUGAGACGUCUCAAUGAUGCUGACCCUGAUGACAAGUUCCAUUGUCUUCGGCUGUUCAGGCAUUUCUUUCACAAACAACAUCUGUGCCUUGUUUUUGAGCCACUAAGCAUGAACCUUAGAGAGGUUCUGAAGAAGUAUGGCAAAGAUGUUGGUUUGCAUAUAAAAGCUGUGCGGUCCUAUAGUCAACAGCUGUUUUUUGCCCUCAAACUGCUGAAAAGAUGCAACAUCCUACAUGCUGAUAUCAAGCCUGACAAUAUUUUGGUAAAUGAGACGAAGCUGGUCUUAAAGCUAUGCGAUUUUGGCUCCGCUUCUCAUGUGGCUGAAAAUGACAUCACUCCUUACCUUGUCAGCAGGUUUUACCGUGCACCAGAAAUAGUUCUUGGCCUGGGCUAUGACUUUGGUAUUGACAUGUGGAGUGUUGGAUGCACAUUGUACGAGCUUUACACGGGAAAGAUCAUGUUUCCUGGAAAAUCCAACAACCAGAUGCUCAAAUUCUCUAUGGAUCUCAAAGGAAAGUUUCCCAAUCGUCUUAUUCGAAAAGGAAUCUUCAGAGACCAGCAUUUUGAUGCAAACUGCAACUUUCUCUACCAUGAAGUUGACAAAGUCACAGAGAGGGAGAAAGUGGUGGUCAUGACAAACAUCAAUCAGACACGUGACCUAUCCAGUGAAUUAAUUGGACGGCAGCGGCUGCCAGAGGAUCAAGUCAAGAAAGUAGGCCAGCUGAAGGAUCUUCUGGAGAAGACAUUGAUGCUUGACCCUGCGAAGCGAAUAUCGAUCAAUCAUGCCCUCUCCCACCCAUUCAUACAUGACAAGAUUUGAGUGGCAUUGGAUCUUUCCGAAGUUUGUUGGUCAGAGGACUGAAGGAUUUUUCAAGCAUCUUAUGUGGAAACAAGUGUGUGUGGCAGCUUCCGUUGCUUGCCAAUAUGUUGAGAACUGAUAGACGCUUUGGACUGCCUUCUGACAGGUAUUUCUAGCACAGUACAAGUGUCAGCUAACAUUGAGCAUUUUUUUUUUUUUUUACUUUCCCACGUUCAUGGCAUCACAUUUGGGCACAAGGCAUGAAAUACAUAAUGGAAGGUGGGCACAUAAUUGCCUGCUGCUUUAAAAUUUUAAGUGAUUUGUAGAUAAGUGUUUCCUGAAGGCACUGAUGCAUCAACUUUAUUAAUUGUGCUGUCUACACUGGUAAUUUUGUCUGAAUGAGCUGUUUAAUUGUGCUGUCCAGACUAAAACAAUUUGUUAUCUGUUUUGUUUAGGUUAUACAGUUGGACACACACUUUGCAUUGUUUGACAUACUUCAGCACAAAUGGUUGAUAUUCAUUUGUCCACCACGGUCACUCAUUAGUGUAUGUUGCAUAAAAACUGCAUAUCAAAAACAAAAUAAAAAUGGUAAAAAAGAGAGAUAAUAGUAGUUGAGUAUUUUAUUCACUGAACUUAGAUUCAUGCAGUGCAUCUGCGUGUAUCUUGUCGGUGAGAUGGGUGUUAACUUUUUUUCUGAAUCAUCCAUCUCCCAUGAUGCAUUGUGUGAUUGCCAAUAAUUACUUGUUCCUGGAAUGUACUUACUGGAAAAUGCCAAUGCAUUGAACAUUUUUGUUAGUUUGGUUAAGUUUUCAAUUAUUUUAAUUACUACUUUUUAUGCUAUGUAUGUGUGGGCUGUUCUUGAAUAAGUCAACUGUUGCAUACUGGUUUCAAGCAGGCAUGUUCGAAUGUACUAAGGCUUUUUAAAUCUGCAUCUUUAUGGUUUGAAUGUCCGGCUCGGAGCAUAAAAGGAGCUGGGAAUUUAAAACAAGCAUGCAGUAUCAAACUGCCACAACGAGCAUUCGUAUUGACCUGGAUCUAAUGACUAAACAAAGUAUCAUCAUCAUCAGCAAGCCUAUAUUUAUGUCUACUGCAGGACGAAGGUCUCUCCCUGUGAUCUCCAAUUACCCCUGUCUUGCGCUAUAUUGCUAGUCCUGCAUCAGGCUUGUAGCUGCAUUUGAAAAUGACUCAAGAAUCUGCAUUUACUGCAUUCUGCUAAUCGGACCUCAAUGCUGCAAUGUGCGAGUAUAUUGGAAAGCAUUUGUAGAUGUGGUGUGUGCAAAG